CAUUUUGUGGAAAAUUGAUUCCAUCAAACUCAAGGUGUUUCUUUUUUCCAAUUCUUGACUUGAAAGUCUUCGCCAGUCUUUCUCUCCCCUCUAAAAAUCAAAUUGAUUAUAAUCAGAGUUAAUAGUCCAAAUGGGCACACAACUAAGUGAAAAGAAUGAGGAAAGACCUGUAGCUAUGGUUCUUUAUCCACACAAGGAAAGAGCUAAACACUUGAUAUCAAAUCGCAAUCAAUGUGCUACCAUAUCACAAGGAUUUCCUCAAUCAAGAUUUAUUCCAUAAUAGUUCCUCAAUAUCCUCCUGAUUGUUAGAACCAAAUCAGGAGGAUACUAAUCAAUUUUUUGUUGCCUUUUUUAUCUCUCGUGAAUUUUUGUAUAUAUAGGUUCUCAUUGUAAGUAAAAUAAAAAUAGAGAAUGCAAUACAAAGUUUGAAUUGCAAUUCUAAGAAAGCUUUCUUUGUAUCAGAGCAACACGAGAGAUUAAGUCGAUGGCCUCUUCCGCUCGUAUCACCACUGAACCUGAACUUACUCUACAAGUUCUUCAUCAGUGUUCCAGCCUCAUUUCUCUGAAACUUGAUAGCUUUAAUUAUCUUCCAUGGCGAUCUCAGAUGGAUCCAUUGAUUAAAAGUUUAGACAUGGCAUAUCAUUGAGCUAGCAAAGGAGAUUACCAAAGAUGAUGGGAAAGCUGAUCCAAAUCCAAAUUAUAUUCGCUGGGCAAAGAAUGAUGGUUUAUUGAAGGCCUGGCUGCUAAGGAACAUUGAAACAGAGGUACUGAUUGCCCUUGAAAAUAAAACCCCAGCUUACAAGGUAUGGAAAUCUAUUGAAGAACAAGUUCUUUCUCAUAAUAUAGAAAAAGAAAUGAUGCUUGAUAAUAUCUUAAUGACCUUAAAAAAGGGAAGUUCCUCACUAGAUGAAUAUCUUAAGAAAUUCAAGAGCGUUUGUGAUAGUCUUGCAGCAAUCAAGAAACCAGUAAAUGAAACAAAAAAGGUGUUUCAGUUGGCUAGAGGUCUUGGACCAAGAUACCAGGACUUCCGAACUGCUAUGCUAACUAAACCACCUUAUGUCACUUAUCAUCAGUUUGUUCUAUCCUUGCAAGACUAUGAACAGAUACUUAAUAACAACAACAAAGAAAAAGAAAGCAUGUUACGCCAUGACCAAGCCUUUAUCAGCAAAGAGGACGAGGAUGGGGUCGAGGCGGAGGCAGAUUCAGUUCUAGAGGCAGAGGAUUCAAUCCAGUAGCAAGGUACAAUCCAAACUCUCACCAAAACUCUAACUUCAGUGACAACAAGAAUGAGCAGAUUGCGAAAAAUGUCCAUUGGAAACAAAACUCGCCUUACCAACAUGGAAAAAACAUUGUGAAAUGUUAAAUAUGUGGAAAGUUCAAUACUGCCCUUAAGUGUUGGAAUCGGUCUGACCAUUCAUUCCAAUCGGAAGACAAUUUACCAAAAGCACUAGCUACGAUGAGUUUGAAAGCUGAAGAAGAUCCAAAUCUGUAUGAAGACUCGGGAGAAACAAGACACAUUUUAAAUGACACAGAUUCAGAUGCGUGGAGAAAGAAAGAGACUGACCUUAUGAUUGAGAAAGGGAGUUCACAUCAAUUGAAAUCCACUAACGAAGAUGGUCCACAGAUUCAAAAAGGGGCAUCAUGUACUCUAUUUGGCGAAGACUAUGUCUCCGAAUCUCAAAAGGAAAAUGAGAAGUCACCUCAGCUAUGCGAUGUGGAGUCAGAAAAUGACACCAUGUUGGAGAUCACUAAUGAAUUGGAAAAUGCGACAGAAAAUAUCGAAACUCAUGCAAUAGAAAAUGAACAACUCAUAGUUGGCAAUGAAGAACCAGAAUCUUUGAGUAGUGGAUAUACAAACUCAGACUACCAUGAUUCUCGAACAAUUGCACAUCAACCUCUUCACGAGUUACCUAAUUUGAAUGAAAAACUAACUUCUACUUCUAACAAUUUAUGUGCAGGUCUAGUGUAAGCCUCAAAAGACACUCCUAUAGUAACUCGAAUAAAGUCGAGGAAUGAUCCAAAAUUAGAUCCUAACCUUGCAAAUGAAACUCAACAAAUUCGAGAAAAAAGAUAUCAACGGGGAAGAAAAUUGCAUCACCGCACCUUCAUCGCAACUACCAGCUUUACAACCCCAAAAUCACACAGAGAUGCCCUUGCCCACUCGCACUAGGAAGAAGCAAUGAAAGAAGAGAUACAAGAACUACAUAAAAAUCACACCUGGACCCUUGUGCCCAGACCAUCAAACACUAAUAUAGUUGGUUCAAAAUGGAUUUAUCUAGUCAAAUUCAAGGAAUAUGGAUCAAUAGAAUGAUACAAAGCUUGUCUAGUUUCACAAGGGUAUACACAAGUGAAAGGCAUAGACUAUGAAGAAACCUAUACUCCAGUUGUAAGAGCUACAACCAUAAGAUUUGUGCUAGCUAUUGCAAUCUCGUCAAGAUGGA